AUGUCUUCUUCACUUGAAUUAGGAAAUGAUCAGUUCUCGGAGGCUAAUAAUGUAAUUCUCAUGUCCUUGAUGGAAGAAACACAUGAAUUUGAAGAUGAAUACUUUGGUGAUGAUAAACUUGUAAGUAUGAUUCAAUCACUUGAAGCAGAGAUAAGUGACACUCAAAAUUAUGACAUGGGAGGAUAUAUGGAUGGUCAAGAUUGUUCCACGUCAUCAUUCAUUGGUUCUGAUCAUUGGAUUGAUAUGGAAUUGGUCUCUUCCUCACCGUUUGAUGAGGUGAAUGUGAAUGCAUGGAUGCCUUGUGAAAAUGAGAUGGAAUAUGAAGAUCAAAAUUUCAUUGAUGAUUUUCAGAUGUGUUGUGGAGUUUUCAUGGAACAACAGCAUAGAGAAACUUAUAAUUUGUCCCAAGUAUCAAAUGAUGCAGUAUUCUAA